CCGGUAACCGAUUAUAAUUCCCUUUAUAAACCACUCGAAAUUCUUUACUUACUUUCCAAGACUUAUUCUUUGAAUUCUCCAGAAAAAUCGAUAAAACACACACAAUUUCACAACAAGUUGUUGAUUCAACCUUUGUUAUGGUGUCGGUGAAUCCAAACCCUACACAAUCGGGAGAAUUUCAUUUGGAUUUUGCAUCUGGUAUGCCACUUCCUGGAGUCAACUCUCUUCCUCCGGUUAGUUCUCCGGUUUCCGUUGGUGGAGUUGGUGUUCCACCGAUGGAUGAUCAUUGUAAGAAAGUGAGGAAGCCGUAUACGAUCACUAAGUCUAGAGAAAGCUGGACUGAGCAAGAACACGACAAGUUUCUAGAAGCUCUUCAAUUAUUUGAUCGUGAUUGGAAGAAGAUUGAAGCAUUUGUUGGUUCCAAGACAGUUAUUCAGAUACGUAGUCAUGCUCAGAAGUACUUCCUCAAGGUACAGAAGAGUGGCUCUAAAGAGCGAGUACCUCCUCCUCGACCGAAGAGGAAAGCAGCUCAUCCAUACCCUCAAAAGGCCUCUAAGAUUGCUGCCACUAUUAAUCAACCCACUGGGCAGUAUCAGAGUCAACCUGUUAGAGUUUUGGAGCCUGGGUAUGUUUACCACCAUGAUCCGUCAUCAGCUCUCAGUAAUCAAAGUGUCAGUGCACCAACUUCAUCCUGGACGUGUGGGUCCAUGCCAGCUGCCAAUUCAUUGAACUUGAGAAGAGAUGAUGCGGCACUGGCAAUGCCUUCUGUGGCUCCUAAUGUUUGCUGCACAAGUAGCAAUGAAAGCGGAAGUACCUGGCCAACAGCUGGGACUAUUGGCCGUACAGACCAUGCGAAGCGCAUUAAAGUUAUGCCAGAUUUUGCUCAAGUAUACAAUUUUAUUGGAAGCGUCUUUGACCCCAAUUCGAGCGAUCACCUGCAGAAGUUAAAGACAAUGGACCCAAUAAAUGUUGAAACUGCAUUGUUAUUGAUGAGAAAUCUAUCAGUCAAUCUGCUAAGCCCUGAAUUUGAGGAACAUAGAAAACUAUUUUCAUCAUACGAUGCGGAGUCGGGUAAAGCUAGAUUGUGCAGUCCGCUCUUGCCAGCUCCGGAUAACUCGAAAACCGCAAUUCCUGCUGUUUAUUGAUAAAGGUAUUUGACAUGAAAAAGGGCACUAGUAGGUUGUAAAAUUUGCUUUUCGUUCCUUUUUAUUCCUUGAUUCUAGCAUAUUAUCAUCAGACACCUUCAGGAGAACUAGCGCAAUCCACGUUUUGGUCGAGGCUGCGAGAUGCCCACAUCUCUUCAAUUGUAUCAUAUCUUGUUUUCUGCAAAUCGAAGUUUCUAAACUUGGAAGGGAAGAACGUAAUCUGUCUCUUCGUAUGGACCGUCUCCGCUUGGUGCUGCAGCUCUCUACCGAGAGCAGGUUGCUUGCUUAUGAUCUUGUUAGUCUAGGAUUUGUAGCAUGACUAUGUUGUCUUAAGAUCUGUGUGAUGAUAUGAGUCAGGCUGAUGUAAAAUGUAAUGAUCUCCUCUCCUCUAUUUGAGGUUUUUGUAAUAUGUUUGUUAAUCAGAAAGUGUUCUCUACAAGAAUUCCAUGUACAUAUUUUAGUAAUGAGAAUGUUGUGUGUAUAUAAGAAGUGGUGGAGUCUGUUGUCUUAAGUUUUUUUCUCUUAUGUGUCGGCUCUUUAGUUAUAUAUUGGGAGUAGUUUUUGCAAGUCAAGAGUUUCGAUUAAAUUAGCGGAAAAUAAGGAAUUUGCUGAAGUUGUACCGUCUGGACGUUCGAUAAUAAGCACGAUGCGUUUGUUAAUAAAUAUGUACUACUUAACAUAAGCAUAAAGUGUAGAAUUUAUCUCUAAAUUACGCUUUAAAAUACGUUGUAUUAUUUUUAUUUUUAUUUUGCUUUUCAAUUUAGCUUUUAGAUAUGUUGUUAUUGUUAUUUUAGGCUUUUGUGUUGGUUGUUAGUUUUAGCCAAAU